GCACGGGUACGCAAUUUUCACCAUUUAGAGACCUAAAAGAGUUUAGGAGCCUCAAUCCUAGAGCAUUUCUUCACACCCCUCAUAAACGGCAUCUAAAUUUUCUGAGUGAUAAUAUGAAGAUGACCUAUUAUAGGUUUUUUAUAUGAGGAGGAAUGGAAUUCAAAACUCUCUGCAUAAACCUUGAAAAGAAACAGCAGCUCUGGAUUGCGGGCCAUGACUGUAUAGUCGGACUUCCUCAGCUAUGGUUCAUGCGAGACAUGUCAUUAAAUUCUACUCCAAAUUUGGUAUGUGCUCGAUUAUAUUAAUACACAGAUGUUUUUGCAGUAAAAAAGUUUACAGUUCUCGUAAAAACAUUAGCGAGAAGACUUCUUUACCACAACAAUCCGAUUUUCACAAUCACAUAGUACGCCUCUGUACCACCAACAAUGUUAAAAACGCUGUUACCGAAGUGAAAAAAAUGCUUGAAAUAAAAUCCAUGAUGCCCACAGUUGUUACCUGCAAUAUAGUACUAGGAGCCCUAACCAGGGCCAAGGAUUAUAAUUCUGCGCUGGGUCUCCAUAACCUAAUGGUUGAUUCAGGAUUGGUGCCUGACAUUGUUACAUUCAACACCAUUCUCAACUGUCAUUGUGAACAUGGUCAGAUUGAGUCCGCUUUUCAAGUUUUCAUGCAAAUAGAAAAAGUGGGUUAUAAGCCUAGUAUUGUUACCUUUGGUAUAAUGGUGAAGGGGCUAUGUAAAGUGGGGAAAAUGCAGAAAGCGAUAGAGUUCUUUUAUCAAAUGUUGGCGAAAGGACACAGGCCUGAUCUUCUUAUUUGCAAUAUAUUAAUGGAUGGACUCUGCAAACAGGGCGUUGGUCAGUUAAAGCCUAUGAUGAGUAUUUAUGGGCUCAUGGUUAAGGGAGGAAUGUGUCCCGAUAUUGUCACUUUCAAUACCAUCCUUAAUUGUUAUUGUAAAAUUGGCCAGAUAGAAUCCGCUUUUCAAAUUUUUCGGCAAUUAGAGAAAAUGGGUCACAGACCUAGUGUUGUGACCUUUGGAACAAUUAUCAAGGGGCUCUGCAAGGUGGGUAGAAUGCAGGAUGCUAUGGAGCUAUUCCGCCAAAUGCCGCACAGAGGCCUCAGACCGGGUGUUGUUAUUUAUAAUACAUUGUUGGAUGGGCUCUGCAAGCAUGGUAAAGGUAUUGAGAUUGUAGCCGUCUUGCAAGAAAUGGUGGAACAAGGACACAGCCCUGAUAUGUUCACAUACAGUACAUGGCUUGCUUGGCUGUGCCAGGAAGGGAAAUUAAAAGAGGCCUUAGAGCUAAUGGAGGCGAUGCUACAAAAAGGUAUGCCUCCGGAUGUCACUAUGUACAAUACUGUUAUUGAUGGAUUUUGCAAGAAGAGAAGGAUUGCUGAGGCUAGAAUGAUUUUCAGACAUAUGUUAGAAAAGGGUCAGAGUCCAAAUGCUGUCACUUAUAGCACAUUCAUGGAUGGAUUGUGUAAAGAGGAUAAAGUAGGGGAAGCUAUGGAUCUUUUAUAUGAGAUGUUGGGCAAAGGGCAUAACCCGAGCACUGUCACUUAUAACAUAUUACUUGAUGGACUUUGUAAAGCAGAUAAUAUGCAGAAGGCGGCAAGUUUGUAUGAGGAAAUGUUAAGGAAAGGCCUCGUUCCGGAUAUUGCGACAUAUACUACUUUAAUUAGUGGGAUGUGCAAGGAUGGCAGUAUGAGAGAGGCUGAGAGGCUUUUUGAUCAAAUGAUAGAAUUAGGUCCUAGCCCAGAUGGCAUUACAUACACUGUGCUUAUUGCUGGAUAUUGCAAGGAAGGCAAUGUUUUGGCAGCAAGGAAACUUUUUGAAGAGAUGAUGGAAAAAUGCCUAGCCCCUAGCUUAAUGACAUAUAGUGCCAUAAUUGGAGGGAUGUGCAAUGAAGGAAAUUUUGAAGAAGCUUUGAAUCUUUUUCAGGAGAUGCUGGACAAAGGUAUUAUUCCCGAUGAUGUCUUGUAUGGCACUUUGAUGAAUGGACUGUGCAAAUAUGGCAGAACAGAGGAGGCCGAAAAACUCUUCAAUGAAAUGGUAGAGCGGGGUCACAAUUUUAAGAAUGAGAUGGUGUAUCAAAAUCACAAUGUUAAAGGCAUGGCUGGUUUCUCGUAAAUAUAAACAUUAUUAUGUUCGUUAUUGUUAUUCAUCCAGAGCAUGUUCAGUGAACCUUUUUCCUUUGUAGGAAGUGCCAUUUGGGCCUAGCAGGUGGAUGAUGCAAGCGAUAUUUUAAGUUUGCUUCAUCAAAAUUGUUGAUUCUCUCACGUGACCUUAAUUGUGGACAUUUAAAGAGAACAUAUUCAUUGAGAGUUGACUCUUGAUCUUUAAAUAGCAAGUUUUCAAUCUGUCAAGUAGGCCAUAGCCUGGCCAAUGUGAGUUCAGUGGACUUGAUGCGAUAGCUGCAUCAACAAUAAAGGUCUGUGGACAACUCGACAUGGUGCCUCACAAAGGUGACGAGUGACAGGAAUAUAUAGCUGAUAAGCACAUAAUGCAACAGAGGGGUGCAUGUUGACGGAGAUGUUGUGAGGUCACCUAGCUGGAAGAGUUGACACGUGAAAUUGCUUCCCAUAUCUCCAAAAUGCUCCGGAUGACUUCUUGUUUGGCAGUACUGACAAAAGAUGUAAUUAUUAUCAUGACAAAGAGCUUGAACAUUGGAUAUAGAGCAAAUCUUUUGUGCUGCAGUAAAUACUAGGUUGGAAGUUGGUCUAUUUUCUUUUAUGGAGCUUAUUAUUAGCCUGAAAGCAAUCAUGCUGUCAAAGCAUGCAAAACAGACUGUUUUGAAGCUGUAUCCAAGGUGCAUCUACUGUUCUUGAUGGGUUGCGUCAACAGGGCUUCUUGGCUGUAUAGGCUAAGAUCCAAAUGGAGGGCAUGUUUGAUGGCAAAAAUAUAAGCAAUAUGGUCACAUGUAACGAGGAAAGAUGCCUUGAGAAUUCUUUGGUAAUUUUUGAAGGACCCCUUGAUGAAGCUAUGCGAGUUAAUUGUUGAGACUGAGACAUCAUGAGUGUCAUAGAAGAGGUGGCUGCUAAAAGCUUGAGACACCUGCACCAGCAUAAGAAUUACAAUUCAUAGAGAAAAUAUUAUGUGAUGCUUUUCGCAAUUUGAAAGUCUGAGCAGUAUUGCUUUUCAGAGACAUUAGCGAUGGAUAAGACAUCGACCUGUUGCGGUACCAGAAGUCCACUGUAAGCUGAUCCAAGAUGAUCAGUUGAAAUAGAGAAAAGAAAAAUAGGUUGCUGAAGAUUGAAUUCAUUAGUUGUCUAUAAAACAGCAGCAGUCGCUUCACUUCUAUCUAGUGAGCAAUUCCAGGUCUGACUGACAGAACUGGAGCUAGAUGCAGAGCUGCCACCAGAAAUUGCAGCUGCAGAUUCCAAAAUAUUGCUUCUCAUUAUUUUAGCGGUUGCUAUGCCCACUGCCACUGACAGAAGCUGCAGCAAUAUGAUAACAGGCAAACCAAAAACAUCUUUAGUCUGCAGAAAACAAACAUUCAUUAAACCCAUGAAGUUAUCUGUAUACAAAUGUUAUCUAUACAUAAAUAGUCCACAAAAUGUGAACAUAGAAUUCUAGUACCUCAAAGGGUAUCGAGUGGUUCUUUUAACCUCAUUUUAGUUUGUUUUUAUGAAGAUAUUAUUUCUAUGGUAUUUGGACUGUAAAUUUGCAUAAGCUGGUGCCGCAUGGAUAAACUCUUUUUCCUUGAGAGGCAACAUGGGUCCAGGUUCAAGAGCAUUUGGUACUGCUGUUCCCAUUAUGCUAUUUUCAUCUUGUGUUGGUUGUCAA